AUGGCAAAGUCUGCUACUCGAUCUAGAGCGACCUCAGUGGCCCCUUUGACUUCUUUGCGCGAUUCUCAACAGGUGCAUAAUGCCGCCGCAGUGCAGGUCCCUAAAAUCGCCCACAUCAAACGUGCCAGUAGCGCAUCUCCGCAGGACAUAUUGCCGCGUCCUCUGCCUCGACGAUCUCCACGCUUAUCCAACAUCGAAGCUACCCGAGUCUUGGCGGAAAUGGUGUCAGAACUCUCUGUGGACGCGAAACGGUCCUGUAAUAUCGAGCUCGUGAUCUCCACACCGCGCGAUGCUGGGCUGGUGGUGUCAGACAAGCGGCUCACUGCCGCAGGCGAGGAAUAUCGGGUUGAACUUUGGCUUCCCAAAGCGCGCUUGACGGAUUUCUCGGACGAGAUCGCGAGCUUUGAGGCAUCUCGGUCUUGA